CCUCUUGGGUCCAGCAAAGGUGUGGGCUGUGCUGUGCGGCUCGAGAGCUUUCUCUGGUUGGUAGCGGCGCGCAGGGAAGACCCCUGGGGGCGCUGUGUUGCCGCCUCCUGGUCCAGUUUCCUGUGCUGCACUCAGGGGUCAUUGCUUCUCUGGUACCCCGUCUCCUGCCGCCCCUGGCUUUCGCUCUGGGAGGCUCAAGCCAGGCGCCCGCAGGGGCUGUGUCGAGUGUGACCACUCUCCAAAGGUACUGCUGAGGAUGAAUGUGAUUUGGAGAAAUUAUAUUUGCUGCCUAAGACUAAGAAAGGUGCCACACAGAUGCCACAGUGGUUCCCACCCAGUGGCCCCUCUGGGAUCAAGAAUUUUAACUGACCCAUCCAAAGUUUUUGAGCACAAUAUGUGGGAUCACAUGCAGUGGUCUAAAGAAGAAGAAGAAGCAGCCAGAAAAAAAGUAGAAGAAAAUUCAGCUGUGCAAGUCAUUCCAGAAGAGCAAGAUAAGUAUGAAAGUGAAGCUAGUAAAUACUGGGAUGUAUUUUACAAGAUUCAUAAGAAUAAGUUUUUCAAGAAUCGUAAUUGGCUAUUAAGGGAAUUUCCUGAAAUUCUUCCAAUUGAUCUAAAAACUAAAGAGAAUUCAAGAGAAUCAUCAUGGGAUCAUAUAAAACCUAAUGCCACAAAUUGUUUCUCAAGAAUACAAGAAGAAAAAAAACAUUUUAAGAAAAGUUCUGGCUCAUCAGAUGGCCCAAGCAAAGCAGGAUCUGAUUUUUCCAACCUAGACCCUAAAAAACUUGGAAAAGGACCCCUGAAGACUGAAUUGUUUCCUGGUAGCAGGGCCAAUUUCAGAAUACUAGAGGUUGGCUGUGGUGCUGGAAAUAGUGUUUUUCCAAUACUGAACACCUUGCAGAACACCCCAGAAUCCUUUCUUUAUUGUUGUGAUUUUGCCUCUGGAGCUGUAGAGCUUGUAAAGUCACACUCAUCCUACAGAGCAGCCCAGUGUUCUGCCUUUGUUCAUGAUGUGUGCAAUGAUGGCUUACCCUACCCUUUUCCAGAUGGGAUCCUGGAUGUCAUUCUCCUUGUCUUUGUGCUCUCUUCUAUUCAUCCUGACAGGAUGCAAGGUGUUGUCAACCGGCUGUCGAAGUUACUGAAGCCUGGGGGAAUGCUGUUAUUUCGGGACUAUGGGAGAUACGAUAAUACCCAGCUUCGUUUUAAAAAGGGGCAUUGUUUAUCUGAAAAUUUUUAUGUUCGAGGAGAUGGUACCAGAGCAUAUUUCUUUACAAAAGGGGAAGUCCACCGUUUGUUCUGCAAGGCUGGGCUAGAUGAAAAGCAAAAUCUGGUUGAUCGUCGCUUACAAGUUAAUAGGAAAAAACAAGUGAAAAUGCACCGAGUGUGGGUUCAAGGAAAAUUCCAAAAACCAUUGCACCCAAGUCAGAAUAACUCCAAAUUGAUAUUUUCAUUCUUUUCUCACGACUGAACUAUGUACCAUGAUGAAGUACAAAGCCAGAAGACUACACUAUCCAAAGGCUCCUGCAAAUCUUUCAUUUCUCAAAAAACAAUAAGAAGAGAAUUUGUUUCCUUCUGUCUUAUCAUGGGUGAGCUCUUCAUGCAUUUGAAGCACAUUUGAGUAAUUUGGAAGAGUGUACCACUUUCUGUGUUUUCAAAACUUGAUACCCAAGCUUGUUUGGGUUUAUUACAUCUAACAAUUUUGCUUUUCCCUGAGUUUUAAAAACAUUCAAUUAAAUUACUAAAAUAAAUCAGAUGAUUUUGAGAAACCAUAACCUGCCAUUUUUUAAGAAGCAGAAAAAUCAUCUUCUAUAUUUAUAUAUAUAGGCUUAGUAAAGCAUUUUUCCCAGUCAAGCCCUCCUCCGUUGUCAUCUCGUGGCAGAUAGGCAGUAUGUCAUGUUUCUAGGGAAAGCUACAAGCCCAAGAUCAAGAUAUAUUAUUAUUUUUCCCCCAAAGCUUUCUUUGUUUGUAUGUUUGGUUUGGUUUGGUAUUUUUGUUUUUUGAUUCAAAAACUAUUAUGUCUGAAGUGCAAUUUUAGUUUCUCUUUCUUUUCUAAAAUUGGGAAAGUAUGGCCAAGCUAACAUUACUUUUAGGCUAUUCUUAGAUGUACAAGUUGUUGUAGACUCUCUUUAGGACAACUGUCAUAACCAAGAAAAUUCCUAUAGCAAUUAAAGAUUUAUUUACUCCACUGCCUCAAAGGACACAUGUUGGUUUACAAACUUCACUUUGUAAAAAUGGAGUUUCUAAGAUUGGUCUUUCAUUACAUAAUAUUCACUGAGUACUUUAUGUUAUGCUGAAUUAUGUAAAAUAAUAUAAUCGAUAAAGAUCCAGCGCUGUCUUCAGGGAGUAUAAGUAGAAUCUAGGUGGCAAAGCAAAAUGUGCAUAUCCUAAACCUCUAAAUCAUGAUAUAAGAUAAUAUAUGAACAAAUACUCACAUGGAGAACUCAUUAGCUAGUGAACUUUGAUUGUGAGUCCCAGCAUCUGGAAGAAAUGGGCAAUUUCUUGAAAGGGCCAUCAUUGGAAUAAUUAAGUUCCAUCUGUUUUUCCUUUUCAAAUUAUUUGAAAUACAGUUUUCUAGAGGAAUAGAAUCGGUCCAGCUUAGGUCAUGGGUUCAUCUCUUAUUGAACUGAGGCAGGGCAGCUUAAUUGAUUUACCACCAGAAUGUAUGAGUGGAAGAAACUUCCUCAAAGGAAAAUCAAAACCCUGUUAUCAAAAAGAGGAGGAUGGAUGUUGGUUGGUCACCAUCAACAUAUCACCUAGUAGUGGUAACACUUGUCAUAGUUUUAAAAAGAAUCAGGCUUCUGGGAGGAGGUGGGCUUCAGGCUAGUCCUUGGACUUUCUGUCCUCAGAAUAAGACAAGUCUUUUGGUGUGAAAUGUUAAUGAUGGGGAAUAGUAGAGAGAAGAUGGGCAAGAACGAGUCAGUUCGGAAACAGUCUAGAAUAUCAGUGUGUUGACUUCUAGUUUCAACUGGAGCCAUCUGAAGUUGAUUUGUGUUUCAUACUUGCUAUAGUGUUUUAUAAAAGUGUUAGAGAGAUUUGUUGAAGAGUUGUCUAUACAGUGGAAUGGAGUGAGUCAGAAAUCAGUAGCAAAGAAGACCACAGAAAAGUUUUUGCAUAAACUUGCCUUGGUGGGAAGUCCUUAGAAGUAUAGUUAUCAAUUUCUGUUUAAAUGUGCAUACAUCAGUAAAUGUAAGAGUAAAAAUUUGCCUGAGACUCUUAACUCUUAUAUUUCAUAAUUAAAGUGUACAUUUAAAAGCCAAACUAGUCAGGAAAGUAUUACAUACAACAAGGGCAGUUUAGAUAAGUUAAUGUUGCUAUGGGAACCCCAGCAGAUCUUCUCUUGUCUCCAUUUAAAAAUCAUGGCCCAAGGUGGUUUUAAAAACAACAGAAGGUAAAAUUAUUCUCACAUUCUCACACAUGUAAAUUGUACUGUCUCUCUCAGUUCUAAAUAGCAGAUUCAAGCCAGGCUCUUGACUGGCACAGUAAAAUUCAGCUUCGUGUCUUUCUAUAAUGUAUUACAGCAUGUGAGUUAACCUUUAGAAGCUUCAAAAAUACAUCAACCAAAUUUGGACUGUGAGACACAAACCAGGCUGUCUUGGGCUUUGUCCAGCAUAGACCUCCUAUUCCACAUGGCCGCACAGCAGGCCUUUCCCGGUGUCUUCUGCUUGUCCACUUAGUCUUUUUCUCUUCUAACUUACCUGCAUCAACCUCCUCCUCAGGGUUUGCUGACAGGCAAAAAUUCAGAUUUGGGCAGAAAAAGAAAAGGGCAAGGCCUGUUUGGAAUUUUGCUUAUACAUAUGGAAAAUUCAUAAAGUGUUAAAAAUGUAUCUGCUUGGGUAUUAGCUUAAAAUAUUUGAUAACUACUUGAAAUUCUAAUUUUCCCCUCACCUCCAUAAAGCGGGGACCAAUUGGUUUAUGCAUAGUCUGAGAUCUAAAAAUUCAUCUUCUGAGGGAAUACCAUAUUCUUUUUAACAGAAAAAGGUGUAUUUAUCCUCUAAUACCACAGCAACAAUAAAAUAUAUUUAAAAUGUACCCUCCGUUUCUCUCUAUUUCUAAAAAUUCACUUUUGAGCAUUGUCCAAAUGUAAAAAUUCUCACAUGAAGAACUACUUUAGAAGGUUGUGAGAAAGUCAAGAUAACAGUUUCUAUUAUUGCAAGUUUUGCUAUUCAGAAUGUCACAUUUGUCUACAUUGAAACACCCAGUUAACAUUGACUUCUGAGAACUUAUUUGCUUUGCUUGUUUCAGUUCCAUAUGCUUUGUCUCCAAAUUGUGAACACAUCCGGGUUUCUACCAUUAUGUAAUUCUAAAUCAUUGCAGUAUUCUAGUUUGUAUGUAAAAAUUUCCCCAUAUGCAAAUAGCUGCCCUCCUGUAGGCCAAACUUAAAGCCAUCUGAACCAUCUAGAUUCAGGUAAGUUGAAUUCUUGCCCCCAAACUCCAUAUGUAGUAUCCUGGUUGUUUUUCCAUCUCAUCAAAGUUCUGAAGCCUGAAUAUAUCACACAUUGUUACUUUUAA